AUGCAGUCGAGCGGCGACCCCGACCAGAGGAGCGGUAAGCGCAAAUCGAUCGGCAAGAGGAAGCUUUCUGAUCAAGGAGAGCCAUCGCAGCCACCAUCGCAAAGAACUCUCUCUGAGCUUCUUUCAAAAGCCAAACGCUCUCACGACUCUUUGCCAACGAAAUCCUCCCCAACCUCCAAACGUUCUCGCUUCUCCGUUUCCCCCUCACGCUCGUCCCCAGUCCACACAGUCUCGCCCAAUAAGAUGUAUAACUUCGCUGGGUCUCCACCCAAGAACGGCGCAGCUUUUGUCAGAGCUGUGCCUGUAUCUCACAGUUCAUCAGAGAAAUCAUCCUCGUUGAAUGCGAUGAAUAAUCGCCAGAACAACUUUAGCCCAACUGUCGGCCCCAAAAAGCUUGUCGUCAAGAACCUUCGUACUGGACCUCGAGUGAACCACGAAUCAUACUUUGACAAGAUAUGGGCACAACUUGAUGGGGCUUUGUCGGAUGUCUUCGAAGACAGAAAGCCAAAUAUUUCAUUGGAGGAACUUUACAAGGGCGCCGAGAACAUUUGUCGACAGGAUCGCGCAACCCUAUUGGCGAAAAAGGUCCAGGGCCGGUGCAAGGACUACGUUGCGGGCAAACUGCGUGAUAACCUGGUGACAAGGGCAGGAGGUGGGACAGACGUCGAUAUAUUGCGGGCAGUGAUCGAAGCAUGGUCCUCUUGGCAUUCAAAACUAAUUACGGUCCGUUGGGUGUUCUACUACCUUGACCAGUCCUUCCUUUUGCACUCAAAGGAAUUUCCAGUGCUCCAUGAAAUGGGGCUCAUCCAAUUCCGGUCGUAUGUCUUCGCCGACAAAAGUCUCAAGCCUAAGAUUUUGCAAGGCGCCUAUGACCUCAUAUCUGUUGAUCGAGGAGCGGAGACUAGUAUCAUGCCAGACAAGAGUCUUCUUAAGUCUGCUAUGGAGCUUUUCCACAACCUUGACGUUUACAGCAGCGACUUCGAGCCACUAUUUAUCGCCAACACCAAAAGAUAUGUGAAUGCAUGGGCCGCAGAAGAGUCGGAAAAGCCCCUUGCCUCAUAUGUUGAGAACAGCCACAAUUUAAUCGAGCGUGAAGUAGAACGAUGUGGAUCCUUCUCUCUCAAUCGGAGUACGAAGCAGAAACUGUCCCAACUUCUGGAUCAGUCCCUGGUUGUCGAGCAUGUGGACGUCCUUCUCAAAGAAAGCGAGGUGGUUGGAUUGAUGCGAUCAGGGAACAAGGUUGCUCUAAAACAACUGUACGGUCUGCUCAAUCGGCAAGAUCUCGGUACCAAACUCAAACCGGCAUUUGGAAGCUUCAUCUUGGAGGAAGGCUCCAAUAUUGUGUUUGAUGAAAAUCAAGAAGCAGUCAUGGUGAUCCGGUUACUUCGGUUCAAACAGCAGCUCGAUGAAACCUGGUCUGAUUCGUUCAACGGGAACAUAGACCUAAGUAACACCCUACGGGACUCCUUCGGUCGAUUCAUGAAUAUGAGUAAGAAGUUAGAAUCUGCGGGUGGUACUGAUAACCCGAAGACUGGUGAAAUGAUUGCCAAAUACGUCGAUCGGCUAUUAAAGGGUGGAUUGAAGUCGCUACCACCUAGUCAAGUGGAUGCGCCGUUGGACGACUCAUUUUCUGAAAUGCGACGACAGCUUGAUCAAGUCCUGGACUUGUUCCGAUUUGUGCAUGGAAAGGCAGUCUUUGAAGCAUUCUAUAAGAACGAUCUUGCCCGUCGUCUGUUGAUGAACCGAAGUGCAAGUGAUGAGGCUGAGAAAGAAAUGCUGAUUCUAUUGAAGAAAGAAUGCGGAUCGGCCUUCACCCAUAACCUUGAAUCAAUGUUUAAAGACAUGGACGUCGCACGCGAUGAGAUGACCGCUUAUAAUUCCAUGCAAAAACAGCUCACUCGCGAAAAGCGUGUGCCUAUGGAUUUGAACGUCAGCGUGCUCUCUGCGGCGUCGUGGCCAACAUACCCGGACGUUCCUGUCCAGGUCCCACCAAGCAUUCUGAAAGCGCUCCACAGCUUUGAAAAGUUCUACCAUAAUAAGCAUACUGGCCGCAAGCUCACUUGGAAGCACCAAUUGGCGCAUUGUCAGCUACGAGCUCGGUUCCCGAAGGGAGAUAAGGAGCUAGUAGUCAGUUCCUUCCAGGCAAUUGUGCUGCUUCUAUUUAAUGAAGCCGAGGCCAAGCCUUUGCGCUACGAAGAGAUUCGAGAGAUAACGGGACUGACGGAUCCGGAAUUGAAGCGAACCCUGCAAUCUCUGGCAUGCGCCAAAUACCGCGUACUGAUCAAGAAGCCCAAAGGCAAAGAAGUGGAAACAACAGACGAAUUCAGCUACAAUGCCGGGUUCACUGACGCCAAGAUGCGGAUCAAGAUCAAUCAAGUCCAACUGAAGGAAACGAAGGAGGAAAACACGACCACCCACGAGCGAGUGGCAGCAGACCGGCAUUUCGAAACCCAGGCGGCAAUCGUUCGUAUCAUGAAGAGCCGAAAGACCAUCACACACGCCGAAUUAAUUGCGGAGGUUAUCGAAGCUACUCUUAGCAGAGGUCAGCUCCAGCCUCCAGAUAUCAAGAUCAAUAUCAACAAAUUGAUUGAGAGAGACUACAUGGAAAGAGUUGACAAUUCAUACAAUUACGUGGCGUAG